AUGCUUGAACAAACAAAAACUCCUGACAAAUGGAAGCAAUCUUCCAUGCUUAUGGCGGGACUUUCACUCUUUCAGUCGCUUCGAGUAGCCUUAACCGCUGCACGUUUCGCUGCAAAGAGGUUUAAUAUACCUAAAGCAAAUGUCGAUAUAUUUAUAAGCAGAAUUCAUACCUCCAUGGAGGUAUCGUGUUUUCUUGGGGUAUUAUUAAUGACCUUGUACAUCAUAUUGGUGCCUCGAAAAUAUUCCAAGUAUAAUAACUUUAUAUCAGUAAUGACGAAUUGGUUGUUGUUUUUCGUUUAUUCUGGUUUAUUAUAUGCAUAUGCAUCUAAUAGAACUGAGGGUAAGCUCACAUUAUACUACUGGCUCUUAGUUGUAUCCGGGUUCUCAUUUGGAUUGAAUCAGGCUAUAGUUGUGAGUGUUGGAGUUUCCUAUGUUGCAUUUUUCACAGCGGCGAUUCCAAUAAGUGGCAUAGAAGUUUCCAUCUACCAUAUGAUAUUUUUUUAUAUCGCAAGAAGGAUUGGGAAUGUUGAUGUGAAUUAUUGGAUUGUCGUAAUUCAGAUAAUGAUCGCUAUGGCAAUAUCCGGUAUUGGAGCUAUUUUAUGGUCGUAUGGAUUUUAUAAGAGGUAUAAUGGUGAAUUAUAUGAACGAAAAAGGAGCAUUUUUCGAUCUAUGAAGCAAGCUUUGUCACCAAUCUUAAUGAGCUCAUUGGCUAUGGGUCUAGUCUUUUUAGUUUUCCCUGCUAUUUCCCCUUACAAAUUAGCUGAACCAAGGAUUGCUCAUAGAAUAGAUUUAUUAAUUUUAUUUACACUGGCUAUACCCACGCUAAUAAACUGUUAUUUAUGUUAUCUAAAUAUCGGCCCCAAUGUUCAAUGGAAAGUGUAUAAGGGAUGGCAUUUCUGUUGGAUAUUUUUGAUCCCUUACAUCUUCUCCAUAACAUGUUUUUUCAUCUCUCUGCAUUAUCAAGACUUGUUUAUAUCUGUAUGUAUAAGAAAUAACCCAUUUGUACUCGCAGUCUUGUGUUUUGUAUUUGCAUUUAGUCACAGCUCUCUAAAAGCAGUUGGUUACACAGGUGCAGGAAUGCAAGAAUUGACUAAGAAUGGCAACGUUUCCGCUAUGAAUUUGUUAUUUGCACACUCUUUCUUGGUGAUAUUUACACUCCUUGGCGAUGGAUAUAUAAAAACUUUCAAGAAAUAUGAGAGAGAUCCGGAAAAUUGGCCCACCAAGGAGUUUGGAUUCUGGAGAUCACUAUGGUUUUGGAUACGUAGAUCUUGUUCCGGCGCAUUUAAGAACUUUAAAGCAUCUUUUACAUUAGAUAUAGGCACACAACUGCGGGAUAGGGUGAGGGACAUUCAAGAGCUACAGAGCAACCAAAGAAUAUUAACUAUUUCUCAGCGCUAA